AUGGACCAGACCAAGGCCGAGUCACCCAGCGACUUAGAUCAUGCCACACGUAUAAUAGAUGACAGCAGCUCUCACUCUGAUAACCUUACCACCGGGAAGAAGUUCAACCAGAGCAAGCGGUUUUGGGCUAUUAUGGCUACUCUUUCGGUUACCGGUAUCCUCAGCGCCCUCGAGAAUACGGUCGUAACUACUGCGCUACCCUUCAUUACUCAACACUUGGAGCUAGGCGACAACUACGUCUGGGUAACGAACGUGUUUUUCCUAACAGGCGCCGCUGUCCAACCCUUUUUCGGGCAGUUGGCCAAUAUCUUCGGACGCAGAUGGGUUACCAUGGUCAUUGUCUUCUUUUUCACCCUCGGGAGCGGAAUCUGUGGCGGUGCCACAAAUGGCGCUAUGCUAAUUGCUGGUCGCGCGGUUCAGGGAAUCGGCGCUGGCGGUAUCAAUAUUAUCAUCGAUAUUAUUGUGUCUGAUUUGGUACCUCUUCGGGAGCGAGGAAACUAUAUGGCUAUAGUUCUUCUCGUGUAUACCGUUGGGACAGCGUUAGGCCCAUGGGUUGGCGGCGAAAUCGUAGCCCAUACUACCUGGCGAUGGGUAUUCUGGAUCAAUCUUCCUGUUGGUGGCACCGCGAUGGUUAUGAUCUUCUUUUUCCUCCAAGUUCGGUAUAAUAAGGAGAUGUCGUUCCUUCAGAAGAUAAAGCGCAUCGACUUCGGUGGGAACCUGAUACUAGUUGGCGCAACGGUCUCUAUCCUAUAUGCACUUACCUACGGUGGUACUAGGUAUACUUGGUCCUCUGCCAAUGUCGUGACAUCCCUGAUUAUAGGGUUUGUUGGUCUGGGGAUUUUUAUGUGGUUUGAGACCACCAAAUGGGCAAAGGAACCUGUUGUGCCGCCGCGCCUGUUCGCAAACCGAACCUCAUGCGUAAUUUUCGGCAUCACAUUUCUCAACUCGGCACUAUUAUAUUGGGUUCUAUUCUUCCUUCCUGUAUACUUUCAGACCGUUCUUGGAAGUUCUGCUGCGAGAGCCGGAGUGCAGAUCCUUCCCUCCGUUCUCAUCGCAAUCCCGGGAGCAAUCGCAGCAGUACUUCUCCUAGCCAAGUUUGGGCGGUACAAACCGCUUCAUAUGAUUGGAUUCGCCAUAUGUACCAUCGGCUUGGGACUCUUUACCCUCUUUGAUCCAAAUACUACAACAGCCGAAUGGGUCAUCUUCCAAGCCAUCACUGCGGCUGGCUCAGGCUUCGUGCUAAAUACUCUGCUACCCUCAGUCCAAGCACAUUUCGAAGAGAAAGACCAAGCAGCAACAACUGCUGCUUGGUCGUUCAUGCGCGCCUUUGGUAGCAUUUGGGGUGUUGCUAUCCCUGCUGCUAUAUUCAACAACCGCUUUUCUCAAUUAGACCGUGCUGUUGCGAACCCACAGGCGCGUGCGAUGUUUGAAGGAGGUGGUGUCGCUUACGAACGCGCUCAGGCAGAGCUUAUAUGGUCUUUUCCCUCGCCCACGCGGGGUGAGAUCAUUAGUGUCUAUAGCGAUAGUUUACAGCGAGUAUGGCAGAUCUCAAUCGUCUUCUCAGGGUUAUCUUUUCUACUCGUAUUUCUUGAGAAACAAAUCAAGCUACGCACUAGCCUCGAAACCGAGUUUGGCAUAGAGAGAAAUCAAAAGAAGCAUGGUAUCGAAGGGGGUAAAAUGUGAACGGGGAUAAGAGAGGCGCGACCGAUAAACCUGGUGAUAAUGAUGUUAUGCUUGGCUGAUACCUGACAGCUAAGAAAUGGGUGUAGAUACUAAGUAAUAUCCUGACA